AUGUCCGACACGCUUCCUGAAAUGCAAUAUCGCUUCCUCGGCCGCACUGGGCUGAAGGUCUCUGUCAUCUCGCUGGGUAGCUGGCUGACUUAUGGCGGGCAUGUCGGCAAUGAAACUGCCUUGGAAUGCAUGAAGGUCGCCUACGACGCCGGCGUCAACUUCUUCGACACAGCCGAAGUAUACUCAGGUGGCCAGUCUGAGAUCGUCCUCGGCGAAGCGAUCAAGAAGUUCGGCUGGAAGCAGAAUGACCUGGUAAUCUCCACCAAGAUCUACUGGGGCAAAGCCAACAGCGCCAACCCAGAAAAACCCCUCAACAACAACGGCCUCUCCCGCAAACACAUAAUCGAAGGCAUGAACCUUUCCCUGCAAAGACUGGACCUGCCCUACGUAGACAUCGUCUACGCGCACCGCCCAGACCGCGACACACCUAUGGAAGAAAUUGUCCGCGGCUUCAACUACCUCAUCAACAACGGCAAAGCCUUCUACUGGGGAACAUCAGAGUGGUCCGCCAGCGAGAUCUCAGAUGCCUGGCGCAUCGCCGAUAGACUAGGACUCAUCGGUCCCGUCGUCGAGCAGCCGCAGUAUAACCUGCUCGUGCGCGAGCGCGUCGAGAAGGAAUACCGCUGGCUAUAUGAUGCGCACGGGCUUGGAUUGACUGUGUUCUCGCCAUUGAAGGGCGGUGUCUUGACGGGAAAGUAUAAUGAUGCUACUGCGCCGCCUGAGGGGUCACGCUUGGCCGAGUCUAAGGAUGGGUAUGUGCAGAGUUUGAAGAAGACUGUUGGAGAUGAGAUUUGGCAGAAGCAGCUUGAUCAGGUUGCGGCGUUGAAGCCUGUUGCUGAAGAAUUGGGGAUUACAACGGCGCAGUUGGCUCUUGCUUGGAUUUUAAGGAAUCCUAAUAUUUCGUCUAUGAUUACUGGUGCUUCGCGGCCGCAACAGGUUCUUGAUAAUAUUCAGGCUUUGAGGGUUGCGGAGCUUUUGACUGAGGAGGUUGUUGAGAAGAUUGAGGCUGCUGUUGGGAAUAAGCCUGCUGUUGAGACCAGACGGUUUUAG